AUGUCUGACCAGAAUGCUGGACGAGGCGUAUACUACAAGGAAUACAGCAUAGAUACUGCUGCUGACCAGUCAGCCCUGGAGAAGAUCAGUGACCUGGUCAACAAGAAGGGGGUGGGCUAUGCUUUCCAGGCCCAGUACAUGUUGGUUAUCACGUGGUACAAUAUGCAACACAAAGUCAACCAACUACAGACUGUGUCUAUUCAGGCAGUGUUGGUGACUGACUAUGUGAACAGUGCAGUGGUGUACACCUAUGCUGACAGGGACAUGAACUGGAGACUGACUCUGGACCCAGCUAACAAGCCAAACUAUCCUGUCAGGGUUGGCUACCUUGUCAGAGGCAAUGCACAGAGACAGGAAGAAUAUGCCUACUCCUAUGCAACCAUCGGUGAUCAGAGUCGCAUGGAACUGAUUGAUGCAGAGAAUGCCACGGGGACUGGAGAUGGUGUCUUUGUCUAUGUCCUCAGCAGCAACAACCAGGGGAGUUUUAUAAACCCUGGUGUGGCUUGCAGUGAUUGGAUAAAGGCUGAUGAUUUGUAUGAUGCGCAAAAUUCACCCAUUGCUGCAGGUAAACCAGGCAGGUGCCCAGGAGGCCUUAACCAACUCACUCAGAGCUGGUCAGCCAACCCUACACAAGUCAUAGAUCAACUGGUGGUCCAGUGUUACCAACUGGCAUUUCCUGAAGGUUCGGGCAUUGUCUCGGAGACCCCCAACUGCUGUUACUACACCAACACCUCAGCCAAUGGAGCUCUGGCCAUGGCGCUGGUGUCGGAUUGGAAAUUUAUGAACGGAGGGAAUAUCUAUCGCAGGUUUAAUCCAAGUACUUCCCAAGGUCAGGCUGAGGCAGCGGCGUUCACCCAGUGUUGUAUUAGCAGUACUGUGCAUUGCAGUGAUUUCCUCCUGAAGAGACCCAUGUCUGAUUCUUCUAGUUUUGUGCCUCCUGGUCAAGCUCUCUCUGCAGGGGACCCCCAUGUGACCACCCUGGAUGGUCUCAGCUUCUCAUUCAAUGGCUACGGAGAGUACACCGUGGUCACCGGAAACCAUUUCACCCUGCAGGGCCGCACCGCCCUAGCAGUGACAGACACGCCCCCUGCCCGAGCCACCGUGUUCAACUCGUUUGCUGCGAAACAGGUGGUGCCAGGGGGCACUGAUAGUGAUGUGGUGGAGCUCAGGCUGAAUUCUACCACUGGGAGUGAUAUUGAUGUCCUAGUCAAUGGAGUUAUCCAGAAUGUAGACUUCAGCAGCACUCAGCUCUAUAACAAAGUCAGUGUCACCAAGAAUGGCGUAGAAUACUCCAUGGUUUUCUCGUCUCAGGUUGAGGUGAAGACUUCAGCCAGUUUCAACAUGACCACCAUCUCUGUAGCUGCUCCUGCUAGCUGGAAGGGAACUCUUUCAGGUUUACUUGGUAACUUUAAUGACAACCCUGCUGAUGAUAUCAAGUUUUCCAAUGGCACACAGCUGCCGUCCAACUCAACUGAAGAAGAACUUUACUACUGGGGACAAACUUGGGCAAUUGAUCCUGCCCAGUCCCUGUUUACUUAUGAAAAUGGCGUGACAGCGCAGACUUAUGGAAAUGACAGCUUCACUCCACUGUUUUUCAACUUGGACACCAUGUUUGCAGACAAUGCAACUAAGUGGUCUGCCAUCAGUGCAUGUGGUGGUAUGGCCAACCUGAACAGAGAAUGUGUGUACGACAUCGCCCUGACUGGAAAUGAAGCUGCUGGUGUUGCCACGGCAAGCUCUCAGACGCAGUUUGCAGAGGAGAAGGCUGCUGUAGGUGAGUGGAGCAUUUUCAGAGGUUGA